GCCGCUUAGGUCACAGAUUUGAAUCCUUCUGAGAAUUGCUACCCCAUAUAUUCCCUUCUUCCCAUCCCUUCUUUCCCUAUCUUUAAUAUUUUCAAAUAUGCAUGGUUUUAUAUUUUUAUCCUCCGCCUUUGAUGUCAUUUGAGUUCCCGCCGUUCGAGAAGUCGCGAGUCGAAACCGCGGCACUCUUCAAUGUAAGCCUGGAUCCGGUCAGCCACACUGAUAUGUCGACAAUUAUUGAAAUCAGCGUGGUCUAUGCACUGGACCUUUUUGCGCUUAUCUACCUGCUCAUUCACCGCAGCUACCCUUUGAUAAAUGCUAAAAGCGCUUGCAGUAUAAUAACCCUCUGCAUGACGGUUGUGGUAUGGUCUGUAGGGGGUAUUUCAACUGGUGGAAUGGUACAUCUUUAUACUAACGGCAUCUUGAGAAGCUGCAAACUGACCCUUCUCUGGUUUAGAUUAGGACUUGGGGCUACAUAUAUUGCCACCAUUUUCAGCGUGCGUAGCUAUUCCCUAUACCGUGUGUUUUGCCAAGGCAGGCUGUCUACAUAAACGGUCAUGCAGAUUAGUUGCGCGCUUGAUUUUUGCUGGGUGGCCCUAUUUCCACGGUGUCUUUUCUAUUGCCCG